GAUAGGCUGGUCGAGGCAGUGUGAGAGCCAGUGGAAACUUCAACGCCAACCAAGAUGCAGAGACACUCUACAAGGCCAUGAAGGGACUGGGAACUGAUGAAGAUUCCAUCAUGAAGUUGUUGACGUCUCGUAGCAACAGCCAGAGACAGCAGAUCAAAGCUGCAUACAAGACCCUGCACGGCAAGGACCUGGUAGGUGAUCUGAAGGGUGAACUGGGGGGAAAGUUUGAGACUCUGGUGGUGGCUCUGAUGACUCCGCCCAUCCUCUACGAUGUGACAUCACUACGGAACGCCAUCAAGGGGGCGGGGACUGAAGAGAAGGUGCUGAUUGAGAUCCUGUCUUCUAGAACGGCCCAGCAGAUUAAGGACAUCACUGCUGCCUACCGCCAGGAGUAUGAUGCGGACCUGGAGGAGGAUGUAACUGGAGACACAUCAGGUCACUUCAGGAGACUGCUGGUCAUCCUGCUACAGGCCAGCAGACAGCAGGGAGUACAGGAGGGGAACGUAGAGACUGAUGCACAGGUAAGAGAGAGCGACUGUGUGUGUGUGUGUGAGAGAGAGAGAGAGAAUCACGUGUGUAUCUCUGAAAUAUGUGAUAGAAAUCAGAUUUACUGCUCAUUCACAAUGACUUCUUUGACUUGUGUUCUGCUCAGGGGUGUGUGAGAAAGUGUGUGUGUG